CAGCGUGGUGCUGAUUGUGCACAGUCUCAAUCAACGCACACACACCACACCCAUUUGCAUCGUGCACGCUUGUUUUCAACCACACACAACACAACACAACACAACAGUUGACGGUGACCAUGGCUGAAGAGGACGGGUACUACCACGCCGAAGAGCGGCCCAUGGGGUCCCUGGAUGACCUGGGCAAGCUCACGUCGCUCAACGAGCAGACGUUGCUCGAGGAAAUCCGCGCUCGCUACGCCGAAGACAAGAUCUACACGUAUGUGGGCGACAUCCUGAUUGCAGUGAACCCUUUCAAGGAGCUGCCCCUCUACACCCAAGAGGUCAGUUGCUCGCUGUGCGGUACGCUGUGGCCGGACAACGAGGACAUGUACACGGAGCUCAUCACCGCCAUGAACGACGUCGGCUUCUCAGAAGAGGAGCAACACGUGAUCCACAAGACGCUGGCCGCGAUUCUGCACCUGUCCAACAUCCAGUUUGACGCCGUCGACGAGGACUCGUGCACGCUGCGGGAGAGCAGCGAGGGCGGGCUGGCAAAGGCUGCCGAGCUGUUGGGUCUCGAUGCAAGCGCAUUCCGCGACUCGCUCCUGCACAUCCUCUCCGUCACCCGCGGCGAGCAGAUCAAGCGGCCGUACACGAAGGAGCAGUCGUACGACUGCCGCGACGCCGUGGCCAAGUCGCUCUACGCGCGCCUCUUCUCCUGGAUCGUCGCCCGCAUCAACGAGAAGCUCGCCCCAAGCCUGCAGAAUGUGAAGGCUGCGCGGCCCGGCGUGAAGGCGACGCAGAAGGCGCCGUCGUUUGAGAUUGGCGUGCUGGACAUCUUUGGCUUUGAGAACUUCAAGCACAACAGCUUUGAGCAGCUGUGCAUCAACGUCGCCCACGAGCAGCUGCAGUUCUUCUUCAACCAGCACACCUUCCGCCUUGAGCUCCAGGAAUACGAGCUCGAAGGCGUGGACAGCAACGCCGCACACAUCACCUUUGUCGACAACAAGCCCCUCAUCGACAUGUGUCUGGCCCGCCCCCUUGGCAUCUUUUCGCUGCUGGAUGAGGAGUGCACGUUCCCGCGCGCCACGGAUGACACCUUUGUGGAGAAGAUUGACAAGCAGUACGCCGACCACGACUUUUACAACAAGAUCCUCAAGUCACGCGGCUACCCUGCAUUUGCCAUCUGCCACUUCCCCGGCACGGUCGAGUACAACGCGACGCACUUCCUGGAGAAGAACCGCGACAACCUCGCUGCCGACAUUGUCGGCGUCCUGCAGCGCUCGCAGGUCUCGCUCGUCAACGAGGUGUUCAACAGCGACGUGUCUGACCUCGGGCAGGUGCAGCUCAACACCGCACGUGAGGCGACGCGCACGCACCGCGGGGAGGCGGUGUCGCCACCCGCCGGCACAAUGGCCAACACGGCCAACAGGCGCGCGCCGUCGCUGGGAGCGCAGUUCAAGAACUCGCUGUCGGACCUGGUGGAGAAGAUGACGGCGUGCUACCCGCACUUUGUGCGCUGCAUCAAGCCGAACCAGCGCCAGAUCCCAGACGACUUUGAGGACGACUUUGUGCGCACGCAGCUCGGGUACACGGGCGUGCUCGAGGCAACGCGCAUCCGCCGCGAGGGCUUCUCGUGGCGCCCGACGUUUGCCGAGUUUGUGCGGCGCUUCAAGAUUCUCGGCUUCCCAACGCACCUGCUGUCGCGGGUGCAAGAGAACAUGACGGCAGCAAAGAAGAUUAUCGCCUGCGCCAAACUCGAGCCCGUCAUCAUCGGAAAGACAAAGCUCUUCAUGAAGUGGUUCCACCAGGAGGAGAUGGAGGGCAAGCUGCGCAAGUACUACGACGACGUCGUCCGCGUCCAGUGCGCUGUCCGCGCCUUUUUUGCUCGCAAGGUGUACCGCCGUCGCCUUGAGCGGGCGAAGAUGGACGCUGCACAGCGGGCGGAGGAAGAGGCGCGCGACGCCGAGGAGAAGCGGCGCCGGGAGGAGGCCCGUCUCGCCCGUCAGCGCAGGGAGGCCGAGGAAAAGGCCGCCGAGGCUGCGCGUCUUGCUGAGCUGUCGCGUCUUGAGCGUGAGCGGGCGGAGGCGGAGGCGCGCGCUGCAGAGGAGGUCCGCAAGUCCCGCGAGGCAGACAUGCUGCGCAUGGAGGCCGAAGCGCGCAAGGCCGAGGCUGAGGCGAAGCGCGUUGCCGAGCUGGCGCGGAUUGAGGAGGAACGUAUCAACAAGGAGCGGGUCAUCGCACAGGCGGAGAUGGCCGAAGAGGAGCGCUCCAAAGCGCUUGAGGAGGCUGACAAGGCGCGGGAGGCGGAGAUCCGGGCGAUGGAGGAGGCUGCGACGCUGAAGGAGGCGAUGGAGAAGGCGCGCGCAGAGGCCGAGCAGAUGCGCGUGCAGCGGGCGGCGUCCAUUGCCCAGCGCAAGGAGAUGAUGGAGCGCCUCAAGCGCGACGCUGACGAGAAGAACAGCAGGGUGUCUGAGCUGCAGCGGAUGCUUGAGGAGGCGAUGGGCCAGGCGAGCGAGGCGGAGGUGCGCGCGCUCAAGGCCGAAGCCGCCCUCUCUGUCGAGGAAGCAAAGGAGCAGCUGCGCAAGGCCACGGAGAAGGAGGAACUCCAGAUCGCGGAUAUGGACAGCGACUCGUUUGACUUUAGCAAGUGGAUCGAGCACGCGUACAAGGCCGCGCCGCCUGAGGGCGUGAAGGUUGAUGCGACGCGGGUGCAGGGCACCGUCUCCAAGACAGGCUCCUCCAAGCGCGCAUGGAAGCAGCGCUGGUUUGUCGCCGACGCCAAGCGCAAGUGCAUCGCAUACUACGAGAACGAGAAGAUGAAGAAAGAGAAGGGCGUCAUCUCAGGCGACCAGAUUAUCCGCGUCUUCUCGCCCAAGUCCUCUUCCAACACCUUCAUGGUCGAGACGUUUGACCGCACGUACUUCUGCAAGGCGACGAGUGCCGAGCUCGUUGAGUUUUGGGUGCGCGUCAUGUCCAUCUUCCCACGCCACUUCCAGACCGACGCGAGCAGCGCCUGAGUGUUGCGUUGCGUCUGUGCAUUUCAAACGGGGGCGUGUGCUGUUGUGCCUGUGUCGUUCUCUGCUGUGCUCGUGUAGUGUUGUGUUGUGUAGUGUUGUGUUGUGCUUGAGUUCCUUGCAUUGCUUUGUUCGCUUGCAUUGCUUUGUUCACUUGUCGUUUGGAGUGCGAGUUGUGGUUUGCCCCGUCUGCUGACUUCCCGUGUUGAUUUUUUUUUCCUGUCCCACACUGGUUUGCUUGCCGUGUCCGUGCGCUUUCGUAUUCGUUGAUUGUGUAUGGCUUGUUUCCCACAUGAAGACCCACAAUCAGCAGCAAUGCAAUGUCGAUUACGAAUGGAUGGAUGGGAGAGGGGCAAAGUAUGAGCAGAUGUUGUUGCCGCAGGGC